UUUAUUUUUAAACUUUUACUACCUGUAUUAUUACUGCUACUUUUUGGGGAGUACGUUAUAUACUAUGUCGUACUAAUCCAGUGUGGAUGGCCUGUUCUUCAGACAAGCUAUGAAGAGCCAAACAUUGUCAUAGGGGAUGGCGGUGAAGUCAAAGUGAUGCUUGUAGCUGACACUCAUCUUCUUGGAUCUAAAAAAGGCCACUGGUUUGAUAAAUUGAGGAGGGAAUGGCAGAUGCAUAGAGCUUUCCAAACUGCAGUCACUUUGCACAAACCUGAUAUUGUGUUUAUACUGGGGGAUGUGUUUGAUGAGGGUCUGUGGUGUAGUGACGCAGAGUUUAACUCUUACGUGCAGCGCUUCCACAGUCUCUUCCAUGUACCGGCUGAGACACAGAUUCAUGUGGUCGUCGGCAACCAUGACAUUGGCUUCCACUAUGGGAUCAGUCCGUAUCUUCAGGAGAGGUUUGCCCAAGCUUUCAAUGCGCCUUCUGUAAGGCUGCUAACAGUCGCUGGAAACCACUUUGUACUGAUCAACAGCAUGGCCAUGGAGGGGGAUGGCUGUUUUCUCUGUCGCCCUGCAGAACUGCAAGUUAACAAGAUUGCAUCAAGGUUGCUGUGUGCCAAAGGUGUGGGAAAAUGUCGGAAAGGAAUGGGACUCAAACAAUACAGCAGACCGAUUCUUUUACAGCAUUUUCCAAUGUACCGAGAGUCAGACGCUGAGUGCAACGAGCCAGACGAAGCUCCGGAAGACGAAAAGGCAAACAAGUUCAAGGAACGAUGGGACUGCUUGUCACAAGAGAGUUCUGAAAUGUUAUUGGACAGUCUGAACCCACGGGUGAUCAUGACGGGUCACACCCACCACGGAUGUCACGUAGAACACAGAGACAACAAGGCUCACGAGUACACGAUACCUUCCUUCAGCUGGCGGAACAAGGACAACCCUAGCUUCAUCUUGGCUGUGUUUUCACCCAACAACUACGCGAUCAGCAAGUGUCACAUGCCCAGAGAAACUACAGUCAUCAAGUUGUACCUGUUUGGAGUUCCUCUCAUCAUCAUAUACGGAUUCUUCUCAUACAGACGCCACUGCCGAAGACCCAGACUGUUUAAGACUCAUUAGACAAGAAGUUUAAGAGUUGUAGACUGUCAAGACAUAUUUUAAGGUACAGACUUUAAACAACCUCAUUGUAUUUUGAAGAAUGUUUGAAUAAGUGAGCUACUCAUGAAGAAAAUACUGCCCUGAUGUGUUAGUAGACCUAAACAACAAACCAAAGAUUUACCUUUUUAGCACUUGAGAUUUCAUACAAAUGACUGAUCGUAAGCAGCUUUUUUCCUUUACCUGUUUUAUUUUACUAGAGAAUUAUUGUCUCUAAUUUUUAAGUUCUUGUUUGAUAAAAAUAUUCUUAGGUUGUGGUUUUUUGUUUAAUUUAUCACUAGUGGAAUGUUUACCGGUACAGUAUUCAUAUUCAUAUUUUACUUAGUAAUUUUUACCAUAGAAUUUUCAUGGUAAAACAACGUGACAUCACGUAAUGUUGCAUUUCAGUAACCUUGAAGUGCAUAGUAGUAUUUUGUUGGUAGACACUAUGUUAAG